UAGACCAGUUGGCUGCUUUAUUUUCUAUUUUGCCUCAUCAAACUGAGUCAUUUAAAGAAUAUACCCCAAUUUAUGCCCUCAUUGGGUAGAGCACGGGGAAAUCGUGCUGACUCAGUUCAAGUGUCGCAAAAGUGCACUCAUCAUCUGGCGUUGAGUUGAGUUCCACCGUUUAUUGAGACGACAAAACGAUGUUUUUUGCUAUUUUUUGGUUACUUUUCAUAGCAUUGUUGCUAGCUGCAUUUCUUUUCUCGAAGACAACCAAAGAAUUUCCCAAAUCCUGGUUUGAAUGGAAGACAGAGUUUCGUUAUCAAUAUCUUGGCAUUAUAGGACUCAUACACGAUGCACAAUACGCGGCACGAGAUCGCGUGGCACUUUAUAAACAACCGGAUCGAAUUGCUGUCAUCACUGGCGGUAAUCGUGGCAUCGGAUUGCGAAUUGUAGAGAAGCUGUUGGCCUGCGAUAUGACAGUCAUAAUGGGCGUUCGUGAUCCUCGCAGUGCCGAAGCCGCCGUCGCAGGUGUCGUCGAUUUAAGUGAAACGAAGGGCAAACUCAUUUGCGAACAACUCGAUGUGGGUGACUUGAAAUCUGUUCAGGCUUUUGCACAACUCAUCAAAGAUAAAUAUCAAAAAAUUGAUUUACUGUUGAAUAAUGCUGGCAUAAUGUUUGCACCCUUCAAACUAACCGCCGAUGGGUAUGAAUCGCAUUUCGCCACCAAUUUCUUGGGUCAUUUCCUGCUAACACAUUUAUUGCUGCCCCAACUGAGAGCUGGUGGCAAGGCUGGCAGAAAUUCACGUAUUGUAAAUGUUAGUUCCUGUGUGAACCUUAUUGGACGCAUUAACUACAAGGAUAUCAAUGGAACAAAACAUUAUUAUCCCGGCACUGCGUACAGUCAAUCGAAAUUGGCUCAAAUUUUGUACACGCGUCACCUGCAGACAUUGCUCGAUGCGGAGAAUGCUCACGUCCAGGUCAAUGUUGUGCAUCCCGGCAUUGUGGACACGGAUCUGUUUGAACAUUCGGCCACCACAUCUGUGCCAUUAUUUAAGAAGCUAUUCUUCAAGACUCCCGAAAGAGGAUCACGCACUGUGGUAUUCGCGGCCAUAGAUCCCUCAAUUGAGGGACAGGGCGGCACCUAUUUGAGUAACGGUGGCAAAGGACCCUUCCACAGUGAUGCCAAGAAGCCGGCCAAGUGCGAACAACUGUUUCAAUUCUCCUGCGAUUUGCUGAAAAUCAAACAAUAUGGCAAUGGUGUAUACUAAGCUGAUCACAUCAAUCAAAAACCAUACCAAGCCACAUUCUAAUCUCUAUAAACAAAAAACUGGUGCAACGUACUUUUCUACUUUCCAUGUAAAUGAAUUUUUCUUAUGUCUUACAUAUAUAAAAUUGUUUUUUAUAUACUUGUAGAGAAAAUUGACUCAUAAUUUGAGGGUGAAGAUUUUUUAUUUGGUUAAUAUGUUGACUUUGUGUAAAUUAAAUCAUGUUUGUGUUUCUUUUAAGAUUUAA